AUGGCGUUAGAUUCUCUUCUUCACCUGCCACCCUACGUAUGGCUUUCUCUCGUCCUUGCUAUACCCCUCGCGACGCUUCUCCAUGAUGUCUGGGUAUGGCUCCGAAUGCCUCCAGGUCCCAUACCUCUUCCGUUCCUCGGCAACAAACUCCAGCUCCCAAAGUCGAAGCCCUGGAUCCAGUUUCAAGAAUGGUCCAAGACAUACGGUUCCAUCUUUACGAUAUGGAUUGGUCGCAAGCCUACGAUUGUCAUAUCCGACCCCAAUAUCGCUGUCGAGCUCAUGGAGAAGCGGAGCACAAAGUACUCGUCGCGUCCGCGUAUGGUGGCUAUGGGCGAGAUACUGUGGGAUAAUGCUAGUAUACUGGUACAACCAUAUGGCAAAGAAUGGAGCGUGAGAAGGAAGUUGCUACAUCAGGCCUUGACACCCAAGGCGCUGAGGCUGUACAAACCUGUUCAGACGGCUGAGGCAUCGCGGCUUUGCCAGCAGCUCCUCGAUAGCCCGGCCAACUGGGAGAAACUCCUCGAACGCUUUACUUCCAGCAUCGUCUUUUGUGUUGCAUACGGACAUCGCAUCGACUCGCUCAACGCCAACGUCAUCCACCAGCGCUUCAAGUUUAUGCAUGUCGCCGCGUCGCUGAACGUACCCGGGAAGUACCUCGUCGAGUCCUUUCCUGUCCUGAAGCAUGUUCCAGAUGCCCUGGCGCCCUGGAAGGCGGUCAUCAAAGCGCGUGGUCGGGAAGAAGCAGCCGUGAACAUGGCCUUGGUUGAUGUCGUACGCUCAGAUCUUGCGAGAGCAAAGAGCCAAGGUGAUGAUAUCCCCGAUUCGCUCUGCAAGCUUCUUCUCGAAUUGCGGGAAAAAGAGCAUAUCCCACUGUCAGAUCGUGACUUCUCCUAUAUCCCAGCAUCUCUCUUCGGCGCCGGAUCUGACACUACCGCCUCGACCCUCUGCACCGCCUUCCUGGCGUUAGUUACGCAUCCCGAGACCCUACACGCUGCCCACCAUGAACUAGACACUAUCGUCGGCGCCGACCGCAGCCCUACGUUCGAAGACGAGGCGAAUCUUCCAUAUAUCCGCGCUCUCGUCAAGGAAGUCCUUCGCUGGCGUCCAGUCGCAGUCCUCGGAGGUACCCCUCAUGCAUCUACAGAGGACGAUCGUUACGAAGGCUACUACAUCCCUUCUGGCACUACCGUCCUAGGAAACUCAUGGGCUAUCAACCUUAAUGAGGAUUACUACCCCAACCCACACCACUUCAAUCCUACACGUUUCCUCGACGAAGCGCUCGCUGAACGCUUCAAAGCACCAACACCACUUACCGGUAAGCCUCAUCCAGCGAAAGCAGGACACUCGUCAUUUGGCUGGGGACGGCGCAUUUGUCCCGGUGCCAAUCUCGCGGAGAACAGUUUGUACAUUGCGCUGGCGAAGAUUCUGUGGGCGUUCGAUAUCCGGCCCAAGGAAGGCGUGAAGUAUGAUACGUUUGCCUACACUGAGGGCUUCAACAUCCGCCCUCAGAAGUUUGAGUGCGAAAUCAAAGUUAGGAGUGAGGCGCACAAACAGGUAUUGAUGGGGGAUCUGAAGGAAGCCGAAAGUGUGUUGGACAAGUUUACACCUUUCCAGGAGUAG